AUGCCCUCCGCGCCUCCGAGAAUGUCCAGCGCGUCUCUAGUAAACGCUCGUCGGACAAGCGUGGUUCAUGGCGCAGCCGAAACCUCAACUAUAAACUUUCUCAAAGAAGAGACCCACACUGGUGAUCACUUCCUUACGCCUUCGCAGCUCGAAGUUGUCUACCGUACAAAUAUUGCCAGCGGUCUCAGUGACAUCUUCGCUAAAGAAUUACUGGAUUUAUACGGGCCUAAUGCCCUCAAAGAGCUCAGCGGAACGAGCUACUGGAAACUAUUCCGUCAUAAUCUCUUCGGAUGGUUCCAGUGCGUGCUUUGGAUGGGCGCGUUGCUCAAUUUCGUGUCUUUCUUCUUCGCUGCAGAAUUGGAGCACGGCAGGACCAAGGGUCGUUACGAAAAUGAAUAUCUUUAUUUGGGUUUCGUAAUCGUUGCAACGGUCGUCGGUACCGGUAUUUUCGGUUUCUAUCAGGAAGCUAAAAACAUGGCAGUAAUGAGCGGCUUUGAGAAACUCGUUCCGCCGAAUGCAAUGGUUAUUCGUGAUGGUGUCAAGAAAGUCGUACCGAAUAGUGAUGUUGUAAUAGGGGAUAUCGUUGAAAUGAUGAGUGGCGAAAUAGUUCCUGCGGAUGUCCGAAUUCUUACGUGUACUAAUUUCAAAACGGACAUGUCUUCGUUGACCGGCGAAUCUGAACCGGUCAAGCAUAAACCGGAGUGUACGCAUACUAAUCCGUUGGAGUCUAAAAAUAUGGCGUAUUUUGGAUGUCCCAUAACAGAUGGUGUAGCAAGAGGCGUUGUUAUCGCUACUGGGGAAAUGACUCAAAUAGGUAAAAUAGCAGGACUUGUGACCGGAUUGAAAAAAGAAGAGACACCGAUCGCUAAAGAGAUAACACAUUUUAUCAAACUCAUCUGCGGAGUUGCGUUUGUCUUUGGUAUAAUAUUUUUUGCGAUGGUGUUUUUUACGCAACACCGUUGGAUAUCAGCUAUUCAAUACAUGUUAGGAAUUAUACUUGCCAACGUACCAGAAGGCCUGAUAGUAACAUUGACAGUGUGCAUGACUUUGUCGGCCAACCAGCUACAAAAGAAAAACUGUUUGGCCAAAAGCUUGCACGCUGUGGAAACAUUGGGCUCCACAUCGUGUAUUUGCUCGGACAAAACCGGUACUUUGACUGAAAACCAAAUGAAGGUUUCUCAUUUGUUCUGUAAUUUUAACAUUUACGACAGCGACGAUUUUAGUCACGUAUCUCAAUCUACAUACAGUGCGUUGUGUUUAGCAGCUUCUCUAAACCUUAAGGCGUUUUUUGGAUUUGACUACUACGACGCUCCAAUUGCAAAGAGAAAGAUUUAUGGUGACGCUUCGGAAUCUGCGAUAUUGCGUUACAUGGAACUGCAUCGUUCAGCGACGUUGACGCGCGAAGAUAACCCUAAGGAGGCGGAGAUUCCUUUUAGUUCAGCAUACAAAUACCAAGUCACGAUCCAUCGAAUGCAAGCCUCUCAAAGCUACUAUUUGACAAUGAAGGGUGCUCCCGAAAUUGUACUAGAUUAUUGCACAACUGUGANCACCGACGAAGGAGAGCAGCCGUUGACGACACAAACGAUCAAAGAACUGAAAGCGUACUUUGUCAAAUUGGCGAAUAUGGGCGAACGCGUUAUUGGGUAUUGCGAUUUGAAACUACCGACAACUGAUUAUCCUCUUGGAUACCAAUUUGACACGCAUCAACUUAAUUUUCCCAUUGAAAAUUUACACUUUCUUGGAUGUAUAUCGAUGAUUGAUCCCCCUAGGAAGGAUAUAGCGAAAAGCAUAUCGAUGUGUAGACAAGCAGGUAUCAAAGUGAUCAUGAUAACCGGUGAUCAUCCUGUAACGGCAUUGGCUAUUUCACGUCAGUGCGGUACCAUAACACAGCCCACUGUCUACGAUUAUGCCUUUGAGCAUCACAUUGAACUGUCCGAUGUUCCAUCGCACAUAAAAAACCAGUUCAAAGCGGCCGUGAUUACAGGCGACGAGCUGCGUAAAAUGUCCGUCAACGAAUUGAAGUCAGCGCUAGCUAAGUACGAGGAAAUAACAUUCGCAAGAACCAGUCCGCAGCAGAAGCUAUUCAUUGUGGAGACUUAUCAGUCUUUGAGGUAUAUCGUGGCCGUCACUGGAGACGGCGUGAACGAUUCUCCUGCAUUAAAGAAAGCUGAUAUUGGAAUAGCUAUGGGCAUCAACGGUACAGAGGUAUCAAAGCAAGCUGCAGACAUGAUCUUAUUGGACGAUAAUUUUUCGUCUAUUGUGUUAGGAGUGCAAGAAGGAAGACGCAUUUUCGAUAAUUUGAAGAAAACUAUAGCGUAUACGCUUACCUCGAACACUCCUGAAAUGCUGCCUUUCGUUAUGUACGCUUGUGUCGGAAUGCCUUUACCGUUAACGUUGAUGUUGAUUUUGGUAAUCAACGUUGGAACCGACUUGUUACCAGCCAUGAGUUUGGCCUACGAGGAUUCCGAAGAGGACAUCAUGUCGAUCCCUCCCAGAAAACAGACCGAUCAUCUCGUUAACAAAGUUCUCCUUUUCAUGGCCUAUUUCCAAAUAGGAUUAAUUCAAUUUUUCGCUGGAAUGUAUGCGUACUUUGUAGUUUUCGCCAGAGAAGGAUUCUUUCCGUCUAGUUUAUUGUUCAUACGUGAUGAUUGGGAAUCUGAUACUAAAGUAAUCAGAGAUUCAAUUGGACGGUUAUAUUUUUAUUCGGAGCGAAAACGAAUCGAAAGGAAAGCGCAGACAGCCUACUUUGUGGCUAUUUGCUUAACCCAAAUAUCUGACGUUUUAAUAUGUAAGACAAGGCGGAUUUCGCUCUUCAAAAAAGGCAUGAAGAACCAAGUUUUGAAUGCUAGUAUAGUUAUUGAUAUAUUUGCAGCAGUGACUGUCACUUAUUUGCCAUUGUGCAACGAAAUUUUCGGNGAGCGAAAACGAAUCGAAAGGAAAGCGCAGACAGCCUACUUUGUGGCUAUUUGCUUAACCCAAAUAUCUGACGUUUUAAUAUGUAAGACAAGGCGGAUUUCGCUCUUCAAAAAAGGCAUGAAGAACCAAGUUUUGAAUGCUAGUAUAGUUAUUGAUAUAUUUGCAGCAGUGACUGUCACUUAUUUGCCAUUGUGCAACGAAAUUUUCGGCACGGAGCCCAUCGAUUGGUAUUUCUUUUUCCUUGCGGUACCGUUCAUGGCGCUUAUGAUAAUUGCGGACGAGAUUAGGAGGUAUUUAAUUAGGAAUAAUAUUUCCAAGUGGCUUGAAAAAGAAACGUAUUACUGA